GGUUGCAGUCAUGAGGUAAGGAAGGUCCAGUAACAGAUCCUGCCUCAGGUUUUCCUUCUUUAAAAAUGGCUGCCGCUUUGGACCCAGAUGAGGUGCUUCGUUCUUCGAAAGGGAGAGAUAAUUAUCAGCGUCUGGCUCGGCUUUUGAUAAGUGGAGGUACUGUGCUAUUGAGGGAGGCUUUUGAUAUCAAAUGUCCACCAAGUAAUCUUUCCAAAACACUUCAAAAUCCAGCCACGAAGAAGCUACUUAAGGCAGCAAAGCUCACAAAGCCUCAGAGGGACUGCCUGUACCCUUCCCCAGGAAUGUACGGAAAGUCAACAGACUUUGAUAUAACUCUCCUUUUCCGGUUGCUGAGGACAAUAUGCGGCCUUGCCCCUCCUGUCACGGGCUGGGAUGCGCUACCGGCAAGUACAGAUGACAGUUUAGAAGCAGAUUUAGCUAGAAUCAAAUAUUACCGCAAUUCGAUAUAUGGUCAUGUGACCGAGAACAUGGAAAUCUCAGAUGACGAGUUUCUAGUUCUUUGGAGAGAAAUCAGCGGGGCUCUGGUGGGAGUUGCGGGUCAAAUCAGCCCUGCAAAGGCAAAAGAAUGGCAGAAUGCUAUUGAUACAUUUUUAAAAGAUCCCCUCACAGAGGAAGACAAGAGACACGAGCAGGAAUUGCAGCGCUGGUACCAGAAUGACACAGAAGUAAAGGAAUGCCUGGAAAAGGUAAAAUCUUUAAUGAAGAAUUUGGAGAAAGAAGCUCAAUACUUAAGACAAAAGGUUCGAGAAGAAGCCCAAGAUAUUAAAGAUGAAGGGCAACGCUUAGGACAAGAUAUCAAAGAUGAGCUCGGUGGGAAAGUAGAAUCUACAGCCCAAGAAGUACAACGCUUAGGACAAGACAUCAAAGAUGAGCUCGGAGGGAAAGUAGAAUCUACAGCCCAAGAAGUGCAGCGCUUGAGGCAAGAGUUUCGAGAUGAGGCCCAAGACAUCAAAGAUCGAUUGAAACUGGGUGGUCGACCCAAUUCCUCAGCUGGAGUUAAAAUUCGAAUGCGGAUUGAUUGUGAGACCAUCCCAGACCCUCAUGCGCGACUUGAGACAUCAGAGACAGUGGUCAUAGCCAGUCAGGGUACCCAAGCCUGUGGCGACGAGCUGGUAGUUACUGGAACGUCAGAAGGAACGUCUGAAGACACACAGGAUACCCAGGCCGGAUGCCACGAGAUGGUAGUUACUGGAGUUAAACGUAAGGCAGUGGAACCUGUUGCAUCUGCUGGUCUACCACUCGCGGGAAGAACAGAAAGCGCCGAGGAAGGAGGUUCUCAAGGAGUUAUGAAUUUCAUCGCGCGCAAGUACUUUCAGACAGUUGACACAACCAAACCUGAGGAAUUAAAUGGUUUUCUACGGUUUUUAACAGAUGUGCGCAAAGUUCUAGUCCUAGACGCUCAAUCAGGAAGUUUGUUAUUGACAGCACUAUGUAGCUCAUUGGAAAUACUGGAUGCCCUGUGGUAUGACUAUUGUACAGGUCACCUGAAUGACAUGGCACAGAAAUAUCUUGUGACAAAGGACGUUCUGAAGGAGUUUGGCUUGACUGAGCUGAAACUGACAACAACUAUUCAGGGGGAGGAGUACAUGGCUGCACGAAAGUUGUUUCUGCAGGGUUCCGGUCCACUUGGAAUAACAAGUAACAGAAGUAUCGAAAUCGUCCAAAAGUCGACAUCCUGUGAAAACCUCCACGCUAUCGCACCAGGAACAAUGGAAAAAGGUUCUGUUGGCUCACCGGAGAGCAGACUUGAAAAACUUGAAGGAGUUCCGGACGAUAUCCGUGUUUUCAAGGGGGAACUGGAGGGAGAUCUUCCCCCUAAAACGUUGUCAAGGCCACCACGACGGCUAAAUCUUCGAGGUGGCGGGCAAAUCUUUGUAAAAACAUUGACUGGAAAGACGACCACUUUGGAAGUGGAACCGUCAGACACCAUUGAGGUUGUGAAAACAAAAAUUCAAGACAAAGAAGGAAUUCCACCGGAUCAGCAACGUCUUAUCUUUGCCGGGAAGCAAUUGGAAGAUGGCCGUUGUCUGAGUGACUACAAUAUUCAGAAAGAAUCAAUACUUCACUUGGUUUUAGGACUGCGUGGUGGCAUACAAAUCUGUAUAAAAACAUUGACUGGAAGGACAAUUGUUUUGGAAGUGGAACCGUCAGACACCAUUGAGAAAGUGAAAAAAAAAGUUCAACACAAAGAAGGAAUCCCUCCAGAUCAGCAACGUCUUAUCUUUGGCACGCAGCAAUUGGAAGAUGGACGUUGUCUGAGUGACUACAAUGUUCUCAGCAAGGCGACUCUUCACUUGGCUUUAAGACUGCGUGGUGGUGGCAUUGAAAUCUUUAUAAAAACAUUGACUGGAAAGACGAUCACUUUGGUAGUGGACCCUUCAGAGACGAUUAAGAACGUGAAACUGAAAAUUCAGGACAAAGAGGGUAUCCCACCAAGCCAGCAACAUCUGAUCUUUAGGCGGCAAGAACUCGAAGACCACCAAACGUUAAAAGAGUACAAAGUCACAAACAAAUCUUCGGUACAUUUGCGACUCGAGGACGAACUUGAUAGAAUACUUAUCAAUGUGGAGUUUCCAACUGGAAGGAAGAUUUUUAUAAAUGCUUCACCAAAGGAUGAUUUUGAGAGCGUGAGAAAGAUGAUCUAUGAUAGAGAAGGGAUUCCAGUUGAUCAACAACGCCUCAGUUUUGCUGGCAAAGAAGUUGUAGACGACCACCUUCCUCUGAGUGAGUACCACAAUGAGAUUGAAUUAUCUUUGCAACUGGAUGUGAAACAACAAAAAAAUGAAUUCCUUCUCCAUGUGAAGACACCAUCUGGAAAAACAAAGAUCAAAGUUGAAGCUGUAUCGGGAGAUACCAUCCAGGAUGUGAAAAGGAAAAUAAUGGAAGAGAUUGGAAUACCGCCACAUCAGCAACUACUUAUGUUUAACAGUCAGGCAAUUGAAGAUGAGCGCCGCACGCUGGAAAGCUACGACAUCAACAGCGACUCCAUCAUUGAACUGGUUAUCAGAAGAACACAUAGCAACGAAAGGCAUAUUUACGUGAAAAUGCCUAAUGGUAUAAGAAUCGUAGUAGAUGUAUCACUGGAAGAUACCAUCGCGGAUGUGAAAGAGAAAAUAAAAGAAUUGAUAGGAACGCCGGUCAACAAGCAGCUAAUCACUUUUGGUGACACAAAGCUCGAAGGUGACAACAAACUGAGUGAUUUCGGUGUGGAAUAUGGAUCCACAGUUUCAAUGAUCACCAGUUCUACUACUCUGAAGAAGUGCAUCGUAAGUUAAUUAAACUAGGCCUAGCAUAAAUCUCAAAAUGGAGUGCUUAGUUGUAGAAGACAAAGCGAUUUGACAGCUCCAUAAAAGAAGCAGACAGACUUUUCUUCAGUUUGGGAACGAGUUAAAAUGCGAUGUUUGAGAGAAUCCUUUCAGCUCUUUUCAUAGAUCUGACAAUGCAGAUACCGCUGAUCAUUGAAAUUAUUGAACCUGGAGUUAGUUCCAAGAUGGCCAGUCACCAAAGGAUGACAGAUCUUGCGCUAGGCUUUGGCGCGCAAAACGGAUUUUAAGUCGUUUGCGCGUUCGAUUUUCUAUUUUGUUGCUUGUAGGCGUUGUUUCCUUGCCGCUUUUCUCUUAAAGAACAACCGCCAAAAAUUAAGUUUGUACACCCCCCUAAAUAUUAUUAAAAAACAGAGCCAUUUUUCCUUAAGAAUUUCAUUUAUUGAAAGGCAUCAGAAUCUUGAAGCAUGUAAAACAUGUAGGAAUGUAAAUGACGAUAGGCUUUUUAUACGAAGAUAUUUAUACCGAUAACUUUUUCCAGCAUUCAUUUCUGAGCUUCAAGAUAUCACGAGGUAACUAUGUAACAGUCGUUUUGCUCAACCAUAUGCCUUACGUGAAACUCUUAGACCCUAUCGCAACCUCUCUACAGGACGUCACGCCAUUCUUCCUCGCGUGACAUGCGAGGGAGGCUGUGAUAGUCUCAGAUCAGGUAAAAUCUGAGGUGAACUUUCCUUGUUCAGAAUUUUGAUCAUCCCACAUAGCAAACAGUAAGCUGUUCGUAAACAUUUUCCCUGCAGGUUGCAAAUCUAUUUGAAGAAUAAUAGACACGAUACUCGGUAUAUUUGUCUUGGAACGUAAGCUGUUCCUCAAAGCUCACAGCUUUCCUCACGCUGUUCGUAUCUCGUAACAGAUAGUGUCCGCGGACAAGUAUUUUCGUGCCAAACG